CUUUCAUCUCAUUGUUGUAUAAAUUUUUUCAAUAAGUCACGGAACAAUCACUUAUCGAUUAUAAUCUAAUAAUGCACUUGUCAGGGUAAUCAUUGUUGGAACACCUUCAGUGUAUUUUGUGACUAGCCUAACUGAUUCAGCUCUCAUCUGCUAGCAGCUCACGAUUCCAAACUAACAAGAUAGUUCCAUAGAUUCAAAAGUUCCAUUUGGAGUUUGGGUACCCUGGCAGUGAUGGGUUUCGCUUUAAGAUUUCUGGUGCUCUGGAAUAAGGCGAUCAAUUUUUUCGUCAACUUAUAUUUGUCGGUUUCGCAACGGGGUGAAAAACGAAAGUGUGUUCCUCCACCAACAGAUGAACUUUUGAUGAUUAGCGCAACUAAGCUGGCUGAGCUGAUUCGAAAGAAAAAAGUUUCAUGUGAAGAUGUUGUACGUGCCUACAUAAACAGAAUAAAAGAAGUGAAUCCUCUCAUAAACGCAGUGGUGGAGGACAGAUUUGAUGAGGCAUUAAAAGAAGCAAAAAGCGUUACAGAUUAUCUAAGGACGACAUCGCUAACUGAAGAUGAAUUACAUAAGAUCAAACCGUUGUUGGGAGUCCCAGUUACAAUCAAAGAGAGUUGUAUGGUGUCAGGAAUGAGCUUGGCUGUUGGGGUUGUCUCGAGGAGAGAUAUAAAAGCCGAGAGUGAUGGAGAUGCAGUGGCUCGACUCAAAAUGACCGGUGCAAUUCCCCUAUUGGUAUCAAAUACACCCGAACUGUCGAUGGGAUUUUAUUGUAAUAACAAUAUCACAGGUACAACGUGCAAUCCUUAUGAUUUAUCGAGAAACACUGGUGCAUCUUCAGGUGGGGAGGGCGCCUUGUUGGGAUCUGGUGCCUCGCUUAUUGGAAUCGGAUCAGAUCUAGCUGGAUCUGUAAGGUUUCCUGCAUUCUGCUGUGGAAUAUUCGGACACAAACCAUCGCCAAGGGCUGUUUCAAUACGAGGUCACUUCCCCCUACCAAACGACAAGAAAGCAUAUGAUUAUACAUCGAUAGGACCUUUGACACGUUAUGCAGAAGAUCUCAAAUUGGUCAUGACAGUAUUAUGCGGGAAACAAUCCGUUGAUUUGAGAUUACAUGAAAAAGUUGACCUGAAGAAAUUGAGGGUUUAUUAUAUGAAGGAAGCUCCCCGUUCCAUCAAUAAUCCCCCAGUUCAAAAUGAAAUAAAAGAAGCCAUCGAUGGGAGUGUUAAAUUUUUGGAAACGUCUUCUAAGGCUAAGAUCAUACAUGAAUGUUGUUUUGAAGAGGACUUCCGUGAUUUAUUUGAAAUAUCCUCAACACUCAUGACAAACUUGAAUCUGGAAGGUUGUCCAGAUUUGUUCAAAGGACAAAAUCAUGGCUAUUAUUUGGAAUUCCUCAGAGCACUUUUUGGAAUGUCUGAAAUAACAUCCCAAUAUGCUAUUUGCAAAUUCCAAAUGGGACUGAGCAAUAUAAUUUCCAACAAGAAACACUUCGCAAUGAACGAAGAAAUCAAGAGGAAAAUUGCAUUAGAACUUGGAGACGAUGGGGUUCUUCUUUAUCCAACAUUUCACAAAGUAGCGCCCAAACAUGCAGCUGUGAUGUCCGAAGUAGUAGCCAAUGUGUACAUGAUGCCUUUCAAUACUCUUGGUCUUCCUGCCACGAAUAUUCCUUGUGGCCUUACACCUGAAGGAAUUCCUCUUGGUUUACAGGUGAUAGCUGGACCUAAUCAAGACAGAUUAUGCUUAGCUGUGGCUGAAGAACUCGAAAAAUGCUUUGGAGGAUGGACACCCCCAAGAGUUUAAACGGAAACUCUUUCAACAAUGUUUUAACUAUUUUAUUUAUUCUUCCUGUUGUGGAGAUCCACCAUUAUGUAUAUCUGAUUGAAGGAUUUCGAUAUUUAUGUUAUGUUUGUGUAUCUCAGAGAUUUUAUGUAAAUAUAUGUGUUUUAAGUC